AUGUCCUCCCCUCGCUAUGAUAGCGUAUCAAUCGCCAUUAUCUCUCUCCCCAUAGCUCACCUGUUCGGUCGUCGAGCUGUUCGCAGCACAGUCGCCUGUCAGCUCUUUUGUCCUCGGGUCAUUGUACCACGCUUAGUCGAGAUGAAGAUGGCUCCAGUCGGAAAUGAAGAUGAGUUCGCGAAGCAGCCGACCCACGUGCCUCGGCCUCCCACUCCCAUCAACUUCUUGGACACGCUUCCCCCGGCCCCCGCCGACAUCGCUCAGUUGGGAAGAGCCCGUGGGAACCCGGCGUCUCCUCCAUUCCCUGCUCCAGCUAAUCUAAUUAUAGCCGCUCCUCUUUCUUGCCUCGCAGCGGGCUACCUCUGUGCUCGGCAUCUUCCUUUCUUCGCUCCGCGCGCUCUUGCGACACCCAAAGGUCGGGAUAUAUUGGUAUCGGGGUGUCUUGUGAUAAAUAACUCAAACGGGGUCAAGGUGUUGAGGAGAGGUAAAAUCUUUCCUAGAGUCGAUCUAGGACUGAUCCUCACUCAGACCAGGGGAACAGCUGAGGAGAGCAGGUUCUCCGAAGACGCUCUUCCCAAGACCGUCCGUGCGCGACUAAAAAUGUCGCACCCUGCCCGAGGUGGCCCUGCUUUUACUGAACACGGCGGAUCUCGACCGGGAGGUCAUAAAAAACAUCCCUGAUGAUGGUAACUAGCAUCAUCAGUAAAGGCCGUAAGGCCGAACAUUCGGAAGAGUCAGCAGUAUUUUGAAGCAAGCAUCUUCAUGCGGAGUUGGUUUGCGUUAGCGAACCAGUUCACGCUUAUUAACUGCAUGGAACAAAACACUUGAAAGAAAUUCUGAAGAAAGAUUCCAAUAAUACCUACAGUUAUGAAGUGCCGGGAAUUUAUGAAACAACGGAAUAUGUGGGAAGAUCACUUAAACUAGAUGUUCUAUAUCCAGGUAAUGGAUCAGGAAAGGAAGAGAAGAUUGGCACUGUUAACUUGGGAAUCUAAUCCAGGAACCCUCUCUUUGAUGCAGAGGAAAGCCAUGGAAAUCAGAAUCACCCAUGGAGAGCUCAAAGAGUACGAUCCUAUGGAAAGUUUCAUGAAGUUAUGUAUGAUGGAUGCUUUUCAUUAUGUUUGCUGCAAAGACCAAUGACAGGUUUUUGCAGAAAACAAAAGUUUUUCUACUCAGGUCUGUUACUUGAAUAGAAAACAAAACUUGCAAUUCUUUAAACAUCACAGGCAAGCUAAAACUAAUAAUGAGCAGAUGAAGGCAGGUAUGCAGGCAUGUGCUGAAAACUUCAGUAACAUCUUGCUAUUGUUAAUCCUGAAUCUCUCAUUAAAUAUUUUCUUGAGUAUGGGUGGUAACAAACAAUUAGCUGCAGAAAUUGGCAUAACUACAAAUAGUUGCUGCAGCUAUACUCUCUAGUUUUAAUUAGUAUUGUAAGAUUUAGAUGUAUUUCUCCCUCUCCCAUUCCUUACCUGUCCUUUUUAAAUCUUCCUCUUUCUCAUUUUGAACAAUAUUUGUCCAAGUAAAUAAAAACAUUAGUUAUGUAUCGUUUAUUCCCUUGAUCUUUUGUUUAACUAUUGGUGUUGUAAUGUUUAUCAAUAAACUGCCUGAUUAACUUGUAAAACCACUUUAUUUUUUAUUUUGACCAUUGUUGUAGUGUAGAAAAGUAAAUAACUUAAA